GGGGAAAAAACACUACUGUAGUCAUAUAGUUCACUGGAUAGUGCAACUAUAAGGGUGAGGUGGGUAGCUUCCGCUCCACUUACACUGAACACUGAUACAGCUACCAGCGGCGGCGUCCGAGCUCCUUCACGACAGGAUCCCGGCAGGCUAUGGAUUGACGGCAGCAAAUUUAGCUACAGUGCAUUCAAAUUCUCUCGCCAAGCGGUUUGAUUGGAACUUUGGAAGUGGACUCGAGUCCACGCACUUUCUGUGCGCCUCACAAUAGCACAUAGCAGUCGCGUCGCUCUUGGCGGGGAUGGAGAAAAUGUGGCGGCCACAGAGACCAGCCAAGGCCGGAAGUGAGGGGAAGGCCAAAUGGGUUGCGGUGAUCGCCGUUGACAGGGAGGUUGAGGCAUCGGUGCUAGGGGUUCCGGCGGCCGCGGUGGCUAGGGGCAGGGAGAAGGGGCCACUGCAGGAUGGAAUUGCAGGGGCUCGAGCUCCUGUUACCGCCACCAAAGGGAAGGGCAAGGUCUUAGUGCAAAGGAAUCCAGUGAUCCCUACCGUUGACAAGAAGAUCAAUGCGAAGGGGGUGGAGGGGGUGAAGGCGAUCGUUGGGAAUGGAAAUGGUAUGGAUGAGAAGCAUGAUGACGAACGGUUGCGUCGCUCUCGACCGGGGAUGGAGAAAAUGUGGCGGCCACGGCAACCGACAAAGGCGCAGCCGGGAGGAGGAGUGAAGCACGCCAAAGGGGUUCCGGUGAUCGCGACAGCCAAGGGUAGGAAGAAGGGGCAACUAGAGGAUGGGAUUGGAGUGUGCCGGAUGGAUGCUUUGGAUGGUUCUCUAGCUAUCGCCACCAACAGAAAGAACGAAGUCUUGGUGCAAAAGGAUCUGAUGGUCCCCACUGUUGACCGGAAGAUCGAUGCGCUAGUAGUGGAGGGGGUGCAGGCAAUCACCAUGAAGGGGAAUAGUAAGGAGGAGAAGCAUGAUGAGGAACGGUUGCUUCGCUCUCGACCGGGGAUGGCGAACAUGUGGCGGCCACGGCAGCUGACAAAGGCGCAGCCGGGAGCAAGAGGAGUGAAGGAGGACAAAGGGAAUGCGGUGAUCGUCGUCGACGGGGAGGUCAAGGCAUCGGUGAUAGGGGUUCCGGUGAUCACGGCGUCCGGGGGCAGGAAGAAGGGGAAACUAGAGGAUGGGAUUGCGGUGCGCCGAAUGGAUGCUCUAGAUAGUUCUCCGGUUAUCGCCACCGACAGAAAUGGCGAGGUCUCGGUGCAAGCUGAUCCGAUGGUCCCCAUUGUUGACCAGAAGAUCGAUGCGCUAGUGGUGGAGGGAGUGCAGGCAAUCACCGUGAAGGGGAAUGAUAAGGAGGAAAAGCAUGAUGAGGAACGGUUGCGUCGCUCUCGGCCGGGGAUGGCAAAAAUGCGGCGGCCACGGAAGCUGACAAAGGCACAGAAGGGAGCAGGAGGAGUGAAGGACGAUAAAGGGAAUGCGGUGAUUGUCGCCGACGGGGAGGUCGAGGCGUCGGUGAUAGGGGUUCCGGUGAUCGCAAUGGCCGGGGAAGGGAAGAAGGGGCAACUAGAGGAUGGUAUUGCGGUGUGUCCAAUGGAUGCUCUGGAUGGUUCUCUAGUCAUCGCAACCGACAGGAAGGGCGAGGUCUCGGUGCAAACGGAUCCGAAGUUCCCCACUGUUGACCGGAAGAUCGAUGCGCUAGUGGUGGAGGGGGUACAGGCAAUCACCGUGAAGGGGAUUGGUAAGGAGGAGAAGCAUGAUGAGGAAUGGUUGCUUCGCUCUCGACCGGGGAUGGCGAAAAUGUGGCGGCCACGGCGACCGACAAAAGCGCACCCGGGAGCAAGAGGAGUGAAGGACGACAAAGGGGAUGCGGUGAACGUCGACGACGAGGAGGUCAAGGCGUUAGUGAUAGGAGUUCCGGUGAUCGCAACGGCCGGGGGCGGGAAGAAGGGGAAACUAAAGGGUGGGAUUACGGUGUGUCGGAUGGAUGCUCUGGAUGGUUCUCCGGUUAUCGCCGCCGACGGUAAGGUCGAGGUCUCGGUGCAAGCGGAUCUAAUGGUGGUGGAGGAGGUGCAGGCGAUCAACGUGAAGGGGAGUGGCAAGGAGGAGAAGGAUGAUGAGGAGCGGUUGCGUCACUCUCGGCGAGGGAUAGGGAAAAUGUGCCGGCCACAGCGACAGGCGAAAGCGUCACCGGAAGAAGGGGGAGUGAAGGACACCGAAGGAGUUGCGGUGAUCACCGUCGACGGGGAGGUUGACGCGUCAGUGCUAGAGAUUCUGGUGGUCCCAGCUGCCGGGGGCGAGGAGAAGGGGCCAUUGCAGGAUGGGAAUGUUGUGCGCCAGAUGGACGCUCUCAAUGGGGCUCCAGUCACCAGCGGGAAGGGCGAGGUCUCGGUGCAAGGGGAUCCGGUGGUCCCCGCCGCUAAGCAGAAGGUCGAUGUGGCGGUGGCUGAAGGGGUGCAGGGGAAUGGUAAGAAGAUGAAGAAAAAGAAGAAGGGUGGGGAGAGGAUCAAGUGGCUGAAGCACUACUCCUCGGCGCAGAGCAUACUCAUCGUCGGAGACGGCGACUUCUCCUUCUCGCUGGCGCUCGCCACCGCGUUCGGCUCAGGACAGAACCUCGUCGCCACAUCCCUGGACUCUUACGGGGCUCUAACAAGCAAGUAUGGCAAAGCUGAAUCUAAUGUAACAGAGCUCAAAAGAUUGGGGGCCACAGUUUUGCAUGGAGUUGAUGCGAAAACGAUGAAGCUUCACCCACACCUGGAGAUGAGACAAUUUGAUCGAAUUGUCUUUAAUUUUCCUCAUGCUGGGUUUACAGGAAGAGAGGAUCACCUUCAUGUCAUCAUCGCACAUAAGGAGCUGGUGCAUGGGUUUUUUGCAAAUGCUCGGCACCUGCUUCGGCCCUAUGGUGAAACCCACAUUAGCCACAAGACAGGAUUUCCUUACGAUGCAUGGGAUAUCGCGCAACUAGCCUACGAGUCUUCUCUUAUCAUGGUUCGGAAAGUUGAUUUUUCCAAGAAAGACUACCCUGGUUACAACCAAAAGAGAGGAGAUGGUGCAACGUGCGAUCAACCUUUUGCACUAGGCCCUUGCUGCACUUUUAUGUUCUGCAUCGGAGACGUAGAAAAGCUGAAGCAGGCGUAUGCAAACUGGGUUGGUUCUAUCUCAUGCCUUGGUGACAGCAAAUUCUAUCCUGGCAUAUCAGCAACUGAAAUGUGGCCAUUUGAUCUGCAUUCACUUGCUCCAGCAUGGCAUCAGCCACAUUUUCCUCCAGUCAACACAGUUCACAUGCCAAUAGCAUUUGAUCCUUGCCCCUUUGGAGUUGCUGAAAUGGAACAUCCAGUUAACUGUUAUGGACUAGACUAUAUGAUUCCAGACCACUUUUUUCUUACCCCUUCUUGUACAGCUAACUAUAUGCUCCCAGACCACUCUUUUCUUCCCCAUCUUUGUACCUCUAACGCUAACUAAACUAGCUAGGUGCUCGCAUCGCAUGUUGAUCUGGGGCAAACAAAACUGAAAUAAUUUUAUCGUUUUAACUGAAAAAGUUCACCCAUUUCGCUCAAUGGGCUUAUUAAGGAUUAUAAUUCAACCUUAA